AUGACCGGGAUCUCAGAUCGGCCGGUGACUCGGGCGAAGAACCCGACGUUGCAGCGGCGCAAUAAAGCUUGCCUUACCUGCAAAAUCAGACGUGUCAAGUGCUCCUACGAACGGCCGUCGUGCCAGCGCUGUCUGAGUACGGGUCGGAAAUGCGACGGCUACCCAACGACUGAGCCGACGCCGCCAAAAGAUGAUGCUCCGGUAGUUUUGAUGAUGGUAAUGGCGUGUCCCGCUCCCUCUCAAUGCGACCAGGUGGCCUUGACGGCGUUCCAAUUCUUUACUCAAGUCUGUGCCCCUGCCUUGCUGAACUAUGGAAGCCAACGGUUCUGGAACGAGUUGGUCUUGCAGGCUUGCUACGUGGACGAGAGCAUCAAGCACCUCACCAUCGCAGCCUCACGGCUGGGACGCCACCACUCAGCAGCCCUUUCUCAGCAACCUGGGGACUGGGACCCGGUGUUUCUCUCACACUACGGGAAGGCCUUGAAUUUGCUCAGCGGCAAUCGAAACCCAGACCCUUCAUUUCUGCUCAUGGCGUGUCUGCUACUCAUACUCUGCGACGAGUUUCGAGGCCAUUCUUUCGCCGCGCUGCAACACUUGAUCGCCGGACGAAGGAUCCUGGCGACAUAUCAGCCAAGCAAAUACACUGAGCACCAACAUGCCACCGUCGAAGAGCUCGGCCCAAUCUUUGCUAGGCUUGAAUUACAGACUGGCGAGCUGUACUGCCAAGUCAGACCACUUCCCGAAAAUUGGCAGCUCAACCAAAACCGGAAGUCGUGGCUGCCAGGGGACAUCCAGCGUUAUGUCACUACCAAUGGUGAGAAAGGGCAAUGGACAAGCGUCGACGAUGCAGCUCGGUCACUGCAAGCCAUCACAUCGGAAUGUACGUCUCGACAGGUAGACGGGGCCCCGCCACCGACAAGAUUCCAUACCGUUCCGAAUUUGACGACAAGGCUCAAUGGAUGGCUCGACAUGUACACCAUUUUCGAAUCAAGCGUACAGUCCAGGCCCACACAUGCAGACCACACCGACUUGUACCUGCUUAGGAUGUACCAUAGCUGCGUCUACGUGCUCUCACGUUGCGAGCCGUUCAAGCAAGAGCUGGCGUUCGAUUCGUACUCCAGCAACAUAGAGCAUGUCAUGGUCGUCUGCGGCUUCCUCGUCCGCACAGCCAAAAUGCGCAUUAUCCCAAUCCUCUUUUUCGUCGGCACCAGGUACCGCAACGCCAGCGUUCGACGGAGGGCGAUAGGAUUGCUCAAACAGUAUGGAUUGGACGGUCAGCUCCUCGCGAGGAUCGCAUUGCGGGUGGUGCGGCUUGAGGAAAAGAGUGUCACGGAGCCGAUUGUAUGUUCUGAUGUCCCCGAGGAGAGCCGCAUCAGACUGGUUGACAUGCUGUUCGACGUACGUGCCGCGUCGUACAUUCUACGGUUCAAGCGGAGGCCAUAUGGUGAUGACACAGCCUUGGAAACCGUCUCAAUACCGGCUCCCGCGCUAUCCUGGGAUCCUGAACCUCGAAAGCCUGUUCAUGCAUGCGAACUCCUCACAUCUGUCUUGAGAUUCAAUUUCAUAUCCUUUUGGAAUCAGGAUGAUCCGGCGUUCGCGGUCCCGGCAGGUUUCGGUGGGACAUGA